GCUAUCACACUUCAUUAUGGAGCAGAAAAGUAACUAGAGAAGUACUCCCAAGUCUUCAUACUACCGAUUACAUCUUCCGACUUAAACCAAAGAUAACAGAGAACACCACCGGAUUGAUGGCGGAUUUAAAUGGUGACAAUCUUGAUAUUUUGUCUCGAUUUGAGUCGAAUAACUACGAUCGAAUGAAAGAAUUGAAGGCUUUCGAUGAGACUAAAGCCGGAGUAAGAGGCUUAGUUGAUGCAGGAAUUAAAGAGAUCCCAAGGAUUUUCAUUUCCACAACAGCCGCGGACGAUGACAUGAAGAAGAAGAAGAAGGCCGGAUCAUCAUCGAAAGAAUUUAGCAUCCCUGUUAUAGACCUCGGAGACAUCAAGAAAGGGGAUGAUCAUCAACGAAAAAUGAUCGUUGAUCAAGUCAUGAGCUCAUGUGAGAAUUUCGGUUUCUUUCAAGUAGUGAACCAUGGUGUUCCCGAAAAUCUCAUGGAUGAAAUGCUCAAAAAAGUCCACAUGUUUCACGAACAACCAGCUGAGGCUAAAGCUUCCCUUUAUAUACGUAAUUUUGCACUAAAAUCUACCUAUGUAAGUAAUUUUGAUCUUUUCCAAGCAGCGGCUGCUAACUGGAGGGACACUUACUACUGUUCCUUGGCUCCUACACCUGCAAAACCAGAAGAAAUUCCAAUUAUUCUAAGGGAUACCAUGAUGGAGUACUCAGAUCAGAUUGAAAAAUUAGGAUUGAAAGUGUUCGAGUUAAUAUCAGAGGGUCUGGGAUUGAGGCGAAACUAUCUUAAGGAUAUGGAAUGUGCUAAAGGUUGGGCUCUUCUCUGUCACUACUAUCCAGAGUGCCCCCAACCGGAACUCACUGUUGGCACAUCCAAACACGCUGAUUCAGAUUUCCUCACUAUACUGCUACAAGAUGACCACAUUAGUUGUCUUCAGGUACUUCAUAAGAAUCAAUGGGUUGAUGUCCCUCCUGUACAUGGUGCUCUCAUUGUGAACGUCGGUGAUCUUUUACAGCUUAUAUCGAAUGAUCGGCUUAAGAGUGUGGAGCACAGGGUCCUAGCCAACCUUAAAAAUCCCCGAGCGUCAGUUGCGUGUUUCUUUAACGGCACUCAUCUGGAACAACCAACAAGAAAGUAUGGACCUAUCAAAGAGUUGUUCUCAGAAACCGACCGUCCUAAGUAUCGCGAAACAACGAUAGACGAGUAUAUAAAACACUAUAAUGCAAAAGGUCUUGACGGAAAAUCUGCACUAACAUUAUUCAAGCUUUGAACAGUCCCGUCCACACCACAGAUAUAUCAACCUGAAUGUAGCCAAGCUUGUAAAAUAGGGUGUUCAUAUUGGCUAAUAAGUUGUUUUGUAUGCUAAAAACAAUUAGAGUUGUUAAACGCCUAAAAUUUAUGUCUUGCUCUCUAAUGCAUAUGUACCGACUCAAAUAUCUUUUGAUACGUGAAAUUUACAACUGUUGCUCAAA